GUUCGGUCGGUCCCCAAGGGCGGGGUAGACAGCGCUGCGGCGCUGCUGGCGCCCGCCCUGCCAUUAUUUGGCCACCCAUAUUUUGCGAGCAGAUGUUGCGAGCGCCGAGCACGCGCUCGCAAACUCACCCCUUGUUCAUGAUUUUUGUUUGUUUGUUCUUUAUUUAAGCAUUUGUCGUCGUCAUAGGCUGCUCGUUGGUAGUGUGGAACUGUAGAGCUUUCUAGGUCGCUUACAGUUGCAACUCGCACGUGUCUAACGAUCUCUAUGUCAUAUAAAGGCUUCAAAAAAAAAAAGAACAUAAGUGGUGUUUGUAAGUCGUAGAAAACGCAGAUCGAAGCCGUCGGACUAGUGCGGUGCUUGCGCAACGGCGCUUUGGGCAGCUGAUUUCGGAAGCCUGUGAAGUUCGUCCUGUCGACCAGCUGCUGUUUCUUAUCUUUAUUAACCGCUUUGCAUAAAACUGUAAACGAUCGGCGAGAACGGUCCGACAAAACAAUGCUGCGCCAGUCGCCAGGGUCGGGUCUGGUUCUAUUGUUCCCGACACUUGACUGGGUUCGUCGACUGGUAAACAUUGAGCGAGCGCAUAGAUAUAUAUACGCUACAUACGAUUGCAAACACUGCGCGUUAGAGAGAAAGAAAACAAAAUCCGGUAUCAUUUUUAUUGCUUUCUCCAACGUGUGGCGCGUGGCGGCAACAGCGGGCUCAAUUUUCGUGCCGCCAACCACCCCGGAAUGUUUGUACUACUCGGUAUUUUUAUUUCCUCCCCAGCGCACGCUCCCGCGCCACCCCCGAAAUCCACCAACACCGAGGGGACGCGAUUUCUCUUACGGGUGGGUGUUGUUCAAACUACCCGAGCUGUCCCAUUGUCCCAUCAGUCCCGCCUGUGAGGAACGCCUACCAAGCAACCAGCACCGCCAUAUUGAACACGCCUUACGCCCGCUCAGCAUUUCGUAUCCUUCCGCCGUGCAACGCGACCCUGCCGGUCUACCCCAAUCCUCCGACAAAACACUCACUCGCAUUACCUAAAACACCCGGAAUUAUCCGUAAAUUUGUUUUUUAAAGAUCACGGUAAAAUAUUAGUUUGAUUCUUGUACGAUAGUGAGUUCAAUAGGGUGAGUUUGGAAUGAACUACUUGCGCGAGGCGGCCGGUUCACGCCCGAACGCUUCCGCAGAGGCAGGCGGCACGGGAGGCCGCGCCGCGCUUUGCCCCUAUGAAAAUUGCGUGUCCCAUAUGGAUGGCAACCCAUCGCGUUGGCCCAACGAGCCCGAGUCCCUUCGGGGCUCGGCGUAAGAUUCACGUGAACCCGGCUCAGGAUGAGCACAGGCGCCGACCGGAGUCAGGAAUCGGAAUACGUCGUGCCCGCCAAUAACUCACAGGAAGUGCAGCCCUCCCCCUUGGCCCUGCUUGCGGCCACGUGCAGCAAGAUCGGCUCCCCGACGGACUCUCCGGCGGACGAAAGCAGCGGCGGCGACGGUGGCAAUGGCGACGCGGGCAACGGCGCCACCUCGCCUGCCAAGGCCACCACCGCCACGGUGCUGCCCUCUGGAGAACUGGUGGCGCAGUACGUACAGGCGGCCCCACAAACCGUGGGCAUCCUCAACCAGGACGGCACCGUCACACAGGUGUCGACGACGUCUCAAGCCGUCAAGGCGGCGCAGCAGGCGGUGUUCUCCCCCGGGACGCAGCUGGUGGCCCAGAUGACCCCAAGCGGGCAGAUCACGUACAACGCCAUGCCCCAGAUCCAGAACAUCCAGAUCGACGGCCAGGAGGCCAUCUUCAUCCCCGCGUCCUUUACGGGAGGACACCAGCAGGCGAUCCAGCUGACGGGGGCGGGGCCCACCCUGCUGGCCAAUCAGGGCUUCCUGAGGCCUCAGGCUACGGGCUUCACCCAGAACGUGGCCAUCCGCCAGGGGAACAUGGUGCAGACGUUGCAGCUUCCCAUCGCAGCUGCGGCGCCCAUGCAGCAGACCAUACCCAUUCAGGUCCCGAUCUCUACGGGCAACGGGCAGACGGUGUACCAGACGAUCCACGUGCCCGUGCAGACGAUGCAGGCGAUGGCACCCCAGGGCAACGUCUUGACGGCGCAGGGGCAACAGUUGGCCACGGCGCAGGUGGUGCAGCAGUUGGCGCAGAUGCAGCCCCAGAUGGCACAGCUCACGGCACAAGGUCAGCUUCAGCAGAUCCAAGUAACAGCCACGCCCACGGCCGCCCAGCAGCAGCAGGUGGUUCAGCGGCAGCAGCAGCAGCAGGCGACCCCGGUGUCCUGGGCCGGCACCCAGAUGGUGAUGACCUCCGGGGACACGACCAUCACCACGACGAGCGGGCAGCAGCAGGGCGCCACCACGGUGCAGAGCAACAGCGGGCAGCAGCAGCAGCAGGCGGCAGCGGCUGCCGUGGCCCAAGCUCAAGCUCAGGCGCAGGCUCAGGCACAAGCGCAAGCUCAGGCCCAGGCGCAGGCUCAGGCGCAAGCUCAAGUGCAGGCGCAGACGCUGGCGGUGCAGCUGCCCUCUGGCCAGGUGGUCCAGGGCCAAGUGGGCCAGCUGCUGGCUGGGGGGGCGACAGCCUGGUGGCCCAUGGGGGCCAUCAACAUGUCCGGGCUGGCUGGGCUUAGGUCGCCCAACAUUAUACAGGUGCAGAGCUUGCCCGCCGCCAUGGCGGCGGCGACGGGGCUGCAGAUGCAAGGGGCGGCGCAGCAGCAGGGUGCGGCGCAGCAGCACCUCCUGGGGGGUGCCAUCCAGGCGCUGGGCAUCACCCCGCAGGGCAACGUGAUAACCUCUCCGCUUCAGGGGCCCCUCAGCCCCCUGCAGACGGUCCAGGCGGCCCUGGCCAACGGCCAGCUGGUCGCGCAGCAGUUCCAACAAGACCCCAACGAUCCCACCAAGUGGCAGAUGGUGGCAGCGCAACCCGUGGGGACUUCCGUGUCCAGCGCCACCCAGCAGCACCUGCAGGCUGGACAACAGGUCCACCUGGUGCAGGCCCAGGCGUCGGGUCUGAACCCCGGCCAGAGCUCGGCGACGCCCAGUGAGGGGGGCCUGGAGUCCCCCGACCUGGCGGAGGGGGGCUCGCCGGGGGGAGACAGCGGAGGGGCCACGCCGGGCAACAACGCUGGGCUCAGGAGGCUCCGCAGAGUUGCGUGCACCUGCCCAAACUGCAGGGAGGGGGAGGGGAGGAGUAGCGAGAACAAGCGUCGGCAGCACGUGUGCCACAUAGCGGGCUGCCACAAGGUAUAUGGGAAGACGUCGCACCUGCGGGCCCACCUGCGCUGGCACACCGGCGAGCGGCCCUUCGUUUGCGAGUGGCUCUUCUGUGGAAAGCGCUUCACCCGCUCCGACGAGCUCCAGCGACACAAACGCACCCACACGGGUGAGAAGCGCUUCCAGUGCGCAGAGUGUCUGAAGCGCUUCAUGCGCAGCGACCACCUGUCGAAGCACCUGAAGACCCACCUGAGCAAGAAGGGCGCGGUCCCCGGCGGGAGCGCAGACGCCGCAGCGACGCAGCAGGACGAGUUUGCCCCGGACUCGUGCGACCUCGAGAUGUCUGUGGACGUGUCCGACCACGACUUGUCCAUCAACGAGUCGGCCGUGGCGGACAACAACAACGCCGCCGCCGCCACCCACAUUCUCCCGGCGUGAUCGCGGGGGGACGCCGUCCGGCGUCUCCGAAACCGACCCGCCUUCCAGACGGCGGCAGCGUAGUGCCGGAUUUUUCCGUCGGGAAAUUCCCUGGGUGGACUGGCGCGUCCACCGGGCAACGAGGUACCAGAGCUUGAACCUUUGGUACGGUAAAUGCAAGCGCGCGCUUGAACGCGCGAAAUGCCAGCACAAAAGCGCUCCAAAGCUGCUCCAGAUCCUCCGGGGGAAUUGCCCUAGUACACUUGCUGGAGGCGGCGUAGAUAAUCCGGCAGUGCGACCCUGCCGUUUAGGAGGUCUUCGAAUCGCUUUCUCGAAGCUUACGCUACCCUCUCCUCCCCGUUCCAAUGCCAUGAAGUGGCACCGGAGAACCGUAGUCUCAAAACCGACAUCUGCUGGCGCCGUCACUGCCAUACGAACCGGCCUAUACGGCGCUGUAAUCGGACGAAACGGCAAACGUCGCCUUUCUCGAACGUCAAAGCCGUUGUAUUCCGUCGAUCUUGGGAAGAAACCUUUCCGGCGCUAAGUUCUUGAGAGCGGUGUCAAUAGAGUUAGUCGAGUAGUUCCAUCAAAAUCUUCAAAGUGAUGUCGCCAUUUAUUUAUAUUUUGUUUCUUCUUUCGUUGAUGCCAACUUUAUUGAGGAGGUGGAGGAGAGGAAAGGCGUUCGCGGUCUUGACGCAUUCUUCUUGAAACACGCCUCCAGAUGCACAACCGUAAAUCGGGAACAGCGCAGGUGGCUGGCGGAAACUUCGUCGAGAUUGGCGAGAGGUACUGCUUGCAAGCGAGUCUGUGCACGUGAAAGGAACGGAUACUUUCCUCGACAUUAACAAAUUAAUCGGUCGGAAAACUUUUAUUUUGCGUGAAAAUGAGGUUUCUCAUCUAUGGGUUGUGUGUUUGUAAGGUGGGGUGAAUGAAUCCCGGACUUUCCGAUGAACUCCCCUUGGGAAUCCAGGAUUUCCUUUCGGUGGCGUUCUUCGCCUCUCUAGUGAGCCCAGGCAUCUGGACUUCGUCUGCAUCGUGGUUUUUAGUCCCCAUCCGUCGGCGCACCUGGAAAAAAAAGAUGGCAGUGGAACGGCAAAAACGGCGACACUCGAGUGGCUUUCUAAAGUGACCUAAAGACAUUCAAGCCCGUCGGGAGAGCUAAUUCAUUUGUUUAGUAGGGUACGUUGUUGGGCUAGAUGGUUCAUCUUAGUUAAGGGGAGACGCUGCUCUUUGAGGCCAAAAGUUUACUAAGAAAACACAUCUUUAAAAAUGUGUUCUUGAACUUUGGCAAGCACUUAGCAUCUUGUCCUGAAGGAUUUUCGUUAAAUAAGUCUCUCUUCUCUUGAAGUAUUGUCUAGGAAACAAAGUAAAAUGGGUCUGUGGAUUUUUUCAAAUAUUAUUUCUGAGUGAACUAUUUACACCCUUUACUAUUUUAUGGAAGCCAUAUCUCCACUUGCACAUAUCUCAUUUUCAUAUUGUUUUCUUUCUCUCCUAGCUGUAUGCGUGACAUAUGCAAUAAGGGGUACUAAUAUAUUAAAUAGGCUGUCAGGGUUUUUGUAGGUGCCUUUUAGGCAUCCUGCAAAAAAACGAUUUUGAUACUGGAAAGUUCAAAAGUGUCAUAAGAAGUUUAUAAAUCAUCCUAGAGCUUUCAUUUAUCCUUAUUGGAUUGCACAUACCUCUUAGUUCACUGAUCUAUGUUUAUUUUCUUAUCUCAGUAUUUCAAUUUGCCUUAAUCCUUCCCAUAAUCUUUGCAAAUUAAAUUUUCAAUAUUAAGGGGAGACACUGCCCAGAAAAAAAAUUUUCUGCAAAAAAAGUUGAUUUUAAAAAAUGACAUCUUUACAUCCACCAACAUCUAGAGAGUAUUCCCAAAAAGUUUCAUUAAUUUUCACUGUAUAGUUAAUUUUUUUUAUAAAUUAUUUUCUGUCCACCAAAGCUAUAGAAAAGGUAGGGUUUGGAGCACUUUGAACACAUUUUUCUCCGUUCCACUUUUUGGUAUAAAUUCCAUUUUAGUCAAUCUAUCGUUUGAUAAUAACAAAACGGGGAAGGCUCAUUCUUCCCUUUUCCUGACUGAAAUCUAAUAAGGAGUGCGGCUAUGGAACUUUUUUGUCACUUUACGGAUGUCUUUUCUAAAAAAUGUUGACAUUUUGUCGAAGGCACAGAAGACCAAAAAGUUAACCAAUUUUGCAAAAGAGAAAAUUUAUAGAAAUUACUUUUUAGAAAAAAUGUUCCAUAGCCGCACCCUCUAGGCAUUCUGCUACAUAUCUAGCAAAUAAAAAUAUUUAAUAUCGCAAUAGUUUUCUGACGAUAGAUUAACUAAACAACUUAGGCUUGUUGCUGAUAGAAGCUACUCUUAUUUCCUUCUCGUUUAACUGACAGACCUGAAAUUUUGUCAUACACCCUCUAGCAUGACCACCAGCCUACCCUGUAAAUUUUAUUAAUUUUAAUACAAGAGUUCAAAAGUUGACCCCCUAGGGGGUGUGCCCCCUUAAUAAAACUAAUUAGGUUAUGUCAAAACAAAGUACAUAUUUGUAGUCAGAUUGUAAUGCAAAUAAGCCAUGUAAAUUCCAUUUUAAUAGAAUCACAAGUUAUAUAAAAAAUCUCUAGAAGCAGUGCUCCCCUUAAACAUAUAAAAUAGUGCAAAUUGCGCUAUUUUAUAUGUUUAAAUAAUCCAGUUGUACUUGGAGUGAAGAAUCUCCAACGAGACAAUGAUGUAUGCGCAAAUGUUUACAGAAACGUCGCCUACGAGAGCUCUACUAUAGAGGAAACAGGUUUAAGGUUCGAAAUCUACUUGUUUUUUUUAACUUGAAAACAUUAACUGUUCCAUGGAGCAAACCGGUGUCAUCAGCUUUUGAAGCCUCGUCAAACCGCACCUAAACUUCCCUGUCCCAUGGAGCGAAGCCUGUAGUCUGUACCAGCAAAUUGAUAGAUUAGAUAAAUUCCCAUUGGCUGCCGCACUUUGUAGUUUCAAGGAAUGCCACCCCACAGAGAAGCCCUCUCAAAUGGCGCUGGGGUGCCAAGGAUGGCACGCGCCCGGCCGCCACUCUCGUAUCGGAGGCGUCGCCAGAGAUGGGGGCUGCCACUUCUGCUCCUCUCGACGCCGAGGAACAUGGCUGUGCUCGAAGCAUCUAUAUCGUCGGCGGCCUCAACCUCGGCAGUAGUGAAACGUGGCCGUCCACGCCAGUACACCGCAGACAAACUAAGGGAGCGGAAGAACGACAUUCAUGCUUUCGCAUGCACAACUCGUAAGAACUGUUUAUUGGUUCUCCCACUGAAAACCACUAGUCAUGGCUGCCUCUCCUUUUUUUUCUAAACUCCCAACUCAUUUCUAAAGAAACGAGUUGGGAGGCUGAGCCGAGCUAAUCCUUGAAGUCGCUUUCCCGUCGUUUCAAUUCCGACCAAUGGGAGCAGAGUUGCACAGACGACUUGCAAGCCGUACCGUCCAAUGUUGAGCCCUGGUGUUUGGAGAAGUUGUCGUCUGCACAUAUUCUUCUUAUCUCUUUUGCUGUUGCCGCGGCUGGUUGGGCCCCGUCGCCGUCUCUUCUGAGAAAGCGAGAAUAUUUUUGUUGCACGAUUUGCAUUGGUCAGAAGACGACGACGACAAAGCUCCGCCGCCCAAGCCUUGCGGCACUGAGGAGGUUCUUGUGCCGCAUUGUUUACUUUCUACGCAACUUUAUGCUUGUCGAGAAUGAAGGAUUGCCCCAAUUGUGCUAGUACUACCUAAUAUAUAAGUGAGGAGAUUAGCCUCGAGCCCUCUUUUUGACGGUCGUGGUUUGCGAACGAUUCGGAGCGUUAAACAAGCGCUUCUCUUUGGGUGUUUUUGUUUACAUCUGUGUGCGCGUAACUCUGUGCCAGCAUUUGCAGUGUCGCGAGCAAUCCUCGUUGCAUCGGGGUUCAUUGACACCAAGAUUCUCAUCAAAUAUCGUACAGUUCACAAAGAAUAAAAAAAAAAAAAGCUUCCUCGCUAGAAAGUUUAGUUACACGAAAGACAUUGAGCCUUGAAAAGUUUUUCACUGUUGACGCGUAAGCACGUUCGACGGGCGUCUUUUGCACGAGCAGCGAGCGAUCAGCACGAAAUGUAUAUAAGCCCAGACUCUAUUAAGACUGUAUCAAUGAAGCAGUGACCUGAUGGCCGGCAGAAGUCGGUCAACAUUGUUCCAAAUGCCACCAACCUCACAAAGCUCGUUUAUGAAGAAGUUGUGCUCGCGUACGAGUGACAUUGCGCAUUGUUCCGAGCACGCUUGUGCAAAGGAAGAAAAUCACUUGCUCUGUGUGUGUGUGUGUGUCAUUUUAGCGCCAAGCAAAGCGUUUCUUUGUUUCUUCCAUCGACAUACGAGGACGUUGUCCAUUCUCAGCGAGAUCACCGGCAUAAGCGUGCAUGUCCACCCUUUUCAUCGGAUUCAAGCUGGCACUGUUUGGCAUGCUGCCAUCUAGAUCCGACUUGUUGCAGAGCACUUUUAUAUAUCUGAGCAGGGAGAAGUGUGCCUCGCUUCGGCGUUGCACAGUGUCGCGAACUCAGAAUAAAGAAAAGAAUGUUGAAACUCUCGA